AUGUCGACAACUGCUUUUGAGUUUGAUGGAGCAAAGUUUGUCACCAACAAUUACUCAGCUAUUCUGGAUAACGAUGAAGCCCCAAAAGAGUUUCAUCUUAUUCAAGAUUUCUUGGCUCACAGUGAGCUGAUGUAUGCUCUGACCCAGCCAGAGCUAAUCUCUCCUUCUCAGGUUCUCACCUUCUGGAGGACAGCAAAUUACGAUGAUGGAGGUGAAAAUGGUUCUCCAUCUCUCACCUGCGAUUAUGAGGGCCAAGAGUAUGUUGUUUCACCAGCAACUGUUAGGAAGGCUCUUCAUCUUCCUGAAGAGAAGAAGUAUGAUGCUUCAGUACCCACUCAGACUUUGCGAGACAUGAUGAUUUUUCUUGGGUAUUCUGCUAGCACGGACAAAAUGGGGGAACUUAAGCGUCCACACCUCUGCAAGGAGUGGAGCUUUUUCUAUGACUGCAUAACCAGGGCUUUUGGCAACAAGUGCAGCAAUUUUGAUGCCAUUCCCAUCUUCAGUCAGCAGAUCGGAGCUUUUACUGAUCUGAUUAAGAAAGAUAGUAAGAAGACCAAUGUACCUGUAUUUGCUAUUCCUGUGACUGUACAGGAUAAACUGAAAGUAGCUUUACCUGACAAGUAUGAAGCUUUAUUCUCUGAUGAGAAUAUCCCACAGCCUCCAUCUCCUGCUCAUGAACUAGUUGCAAAAUCUGACCCCAAACCAACCUCUGGUUCUUCCCAACAAGGACCAGUUGAAAAAUCUUCACCAAAAAGGAUACUCAGAUCCACCAAAUCCCCAACCAAACCCUCACCUCCUCCCAGAAAAAGAAGAUUUCUACAGAAAAUUUCAGACUCGGAAUCAGAUGAAGAAAUUCCUCCUCCUCCACCAGCAAAGAAACUGAGAAAGAAAAUCAAGCCAACCACUGUUACUGAUCUGACUGUGGAGCCACCUCAGUCAGAGGAUCCUGAACAAGCCUUGAUUCCAUUCUCUGAUCAAUCUGCAGAGCCAAUAUUGAUUGAACCUCUUUCUGCAAUGCCACUUGACACAAUUGCAGCUGACAAACAAAUGUCAGAGUCAACUUAUGAUCACAAUGAUCAGAUAGAGGGAACCAAGUCUGUUGAAGAAAGAAUUGCAGCUGAUACUCAUAUAUCAGAAAGACCCUCUGAUGCUCCAAGCAAAUCAGAGGAUGCACAGAUAGAAAUGGUCCUCCAGCUAAUUCAGGAUUCUCUGGUUCAACCUGAAGAUAUUAUUGCAGCUCCUGCUCAGGAGAUUCACAUGGCUGAAAACUCUCAUGCAGCUACUGAAACUCUGGAGUCACAUACUCUGAGUGUUUUUCUUGACAACAUUGAUGAUGAUGAAGUAACAGAAGUUACAUCAACUCCCAUUCAAGCUCCUGGUCUACAUUCUAUAAUCUCUGAGCCAGUCAGAGAAACUACACCAGAAAGGGUUGAUUCCCCAAUUAAGGCACUGUCACCAGUCAGGGAAUCCUCUCCUUCUAUAGCUCCUGCAGUUCCAGGUUCCCCACUUCCAUCCUCUGAGCCUACCAGAAGAAGAAUCUGUCACUUAUCUUAUAAUCACAGGAUGUGCAGAGCUACACCUCCUUCUGUUGAGGACAGACUCACUUCUAUUGAGGCCACUCAAAGUUCAAUGCAGUAUACUCUGGCGGAUUUGAGUACCUCAGUGGCCCAGCUGGUUCAGGUUCUCACCUCUGCUGAUGUCAAAAAGGGGGAGAAAACAUCCAAAGACAAAUGCAAACCUGAUCAGCAAAUGAAAAGGAAAAAGCCAGAUGAUGAUGAGGAAGAAAAAGGGGAGAUGAACAAACAGCAAAAGCUGCUGCAGAUCAAAGAAACAAAGAGGAAUAGUAAAGAAGCAGCAAGCUCUGAGAGACCACCCAGAGAAUCUCAAAAACAAAAAUCUGUGGAAUUGACUGUCAUGACUCAAGCUCAGAGUAUAAGUAAAGCAAUCAGAGAUUCAAAUGCUAUAUCUAAAGAGAUAAAUCUUGUGAACUCUGAGGUGGAAAAGAAGAAAGAGAAAUUGAUUGCUGAAGCUAACAAGUUGAUUGAAGCUGGAGACCCUGAGUCUCAGAAAUUUUGUCAAACUCUGAAACUUGAAGAAGAAAGAUUGGCUGCUGAGAAGAAGAAGAUCAGCAAAACAAAAUCUGAUGAGCAAAAACGGAUUACUGAUCCCUCACAAGAACAGAAGAUCCCAGAGAAAAAGGGAAUAUUAAUCAGUGAGGUGAACUACACUGAUAUCAACAGACCAAGAACCAGAUCUCAAACUCUACUUGAGUCUGAUUCAAAAGUCAAAGGAAAGAAACCAGUUGAUGAAGUUCCUCCAGUUCCUACUGUGCCAAAGAAGUCAAAAAUUACAUUAGCACCAGAGAAUCCUACUAAGAGGAUGAUCAAGCUGAGCAAGAAUGUACACAUAAUUGCUAAUGUCUCUGAUCAAGAAGAAGAAAAGGAAGCUGGAUUGGUCAGAAGAAGAAAAGGUGAAUUUAAGUCAAUUCCUGAGAAAACUUUAACCGCUGACAUUGCUCAAGUUAAAGCUCCAGUAACUGAAGAAAGGAUUGAAGACACCAAAGUUUCCUGGUUGAAAUUAAACUCUGAGAAGACUCAAGAUCAUCAGAAGAAGAAGAGUUUAUAUGGGAGUCUUGGUACAAGUUUAUACAAGGAAAGCCCAAUGCUCACCAGAGUAAGAACUUAUGGAACCAGAGGGAAGUAA